UCACUAUUGGUUGACUACAUCUAUAUAUAUCGAAGUAAUUAAAUAUAUAUAUAGGUUUUGUAUCUAUAGAUACACAUUCAUAUAUAUGCACUCGAUAUAUAUAGACGCACAUCUUCUCUUCCAAAAGCUGGAAUACUCGAUCCUCACAGUCACACAGCUAGCAACGCCGGCGGCCAUGCAACCACUCGCUGCCGGCGGCGGCGUCUCUUGGCCGUUGUACGCCGCCACCGUCGCGGCGGCGCUGCUCGUCACCGCCAUCGUCCUGCGGCUCGCCGCGCGGUCGACGGCGGCCGCCUGCAAGGCACGUCCCCCCGCCGGGUCUCUCGGCUGGCCGCUCGUCGGCGAGACGCUGCAGUUCAUCUCCGCCGCCUACUCCUCCCGCCCCGAGUCCUUCGUCGAGAAGCGCUGCCGCCGGUACGGGAAGGUGUUCAGGUCGCACCUGUGGGGGUCGCCGGCGGUGGUGAGCGCGGACGCCGAGGCGAGCCGCGCGGUGCUGCAGAGCGACGCGUCGGCGUUCGUGCCGUGGUACCCGAGGUCGCUGAUGGAGCUGAUGGGGGAGUCGUCCAUCCUGGUGCUCGGCGGCGCCCUCCAGCGCCGGGUGCACGGCCUCGCCGGCGCCUUCUUCAAGUCGCCGGAGCUCAAGGCCCGGGUCACCGCCGACAUGCGCAGCCGCCUCGCCGCCGCCAUGGACGCGUGGCGCGCCACCGCCGCCACCGGCGCCGGCGCGGCCGUGCGCGUCCAGGACGAGGCCAAGUUGAUUGUUUUUGAAAUCUUAGUGAGGGCACUGAUAGGGUUAGAGCAAGGUCAGGAAAUGAAUUACCUCAGGCAGCAGUUCCACAUAUUCAUUGCCGGCCUGAUCUCCCUGCCCAUCAAGCUUCCAGGGACUCAGCUCUACAGAUCCCUCAAGGCUAAGAAGAGGAUGACAAGUUUGAUACAAAAUAUCAUUCAAGAGAAAAGGAGGAGGAUCUUUGAAGGCAAGGAUCUCUGCGCUGUUUCGCGCGACUUGAUCGAUGUGCUGAUGAGCAACGGGAGCGACGAGCUCAGCCUCACCGACGAGCUGAUAUCCGACAAUAUGAUCGACUUCAUGAUCCCCGCAGAGGACUCCGUGCCAGUGCUCAUCACACUUGCCAUCAAGUACCUCAGCGAAUGCCCAUUGGCUUUGCAGCAACUAGAGGAGGAGAACAUGGAGCUGAAGAGGCAGAAAUCAGACGUGGGCGAAACCCUAGAGUGGACAGACUACAUGUCACUGACGUUCACGCAGCAUGUAAUCACGGAGACCCUACGGAUAGGCAACAUCAUCAGCGGGAUAAUGAGGAAGGCAGUAAGGGAUGUGGAGGUGAAGGGGCAGGGUGACGUGGUGAUCCCCAAGGGGUGGUGUGUCCUCGUUUACUUCCGUUCUGUCCACCUAGACGCCAACAUCUACGACGACCCCUAUGCCUUCAACCCAUGGAGAUGGAAAGAGAGGGACAUGGCGGCCGCGACUGCCAACAGUGGUAGCGGCUUCACUCCCUUUGGGGGCGGGCAAAGGCUAUGCCCGGGGCUAGACUUGGCCAGGCUCCAGACCUCCAUCUUUCUCCACCACCUCGUCACUAAUUUCACGUAUGUCAACUAUACCUACCUAAGUGGGUGGCACAGGGGGACGUCGUCGUCAACUUCCCAACAGUGCGGCUCAAACGAGGAAUGCCCAUCAAGGUCACGCCCAAGACAUAACAUGCAAAUCAGUCCAGAUCAUUUGAAGGUGAGAGGAGAGUGAACUAUACACGUGUAUGUACAACAAAGAGAGAACAAAUGACAGUUUAGAUAAAAGGAAACCAGAAGCUACAGUUCAGUAAAUCCUGUUUCUUUUUCUCUGUUUUUCUUCACCCCUUUGUGUGGCUAUGUAAAGUCGACCAGUCUCUGUUCGAAGUUUCCCACCAGUUUGGUGAAAGAGUUGAAAGGCUAAAAGCAACAGCAUGUAGAUCAACAAACAUGUGUAAAUACUUGCUGAAUCAGUGCUUUCUUCGAGUAUUUCGAGCAUGUGGCUAACUUGAUGUGA